AUGAAAUAUAUGCCUCUAUUAUUACAAGAGUAGCUAAAGAUGAAGAUAAUAAUGCAAUUUGACUCCAGGAAAUAGUAACUUUAUUUUAGUAAUUAAUUGAAGCGAUUAAUUCUUCCCAAUAGCAAAAGUUCAUAAUAAUUGUAAGUAACAUUGAGGCUUCAGCAUUAAUUGACUUAAAGAAUUGA